AUGUACCUCCAUCUGUUGUAUUGAAAAAGAACCAACAAUUGUCAACGUAAUCAGACAAUUGUCAUUCGUUUGUACAUAAUAUUUUUGUAAAUACCAAAUCAGAUCAGCAAAAGUGAAAGAGAAAUGAUAAAAACAGCUGUAGAACCUAUUUCGAAAGCCACUAUAGUUGAAAUUUGUAGGAAAUUAGAGGAUGAUGAAAUUCAGGUGAAUAAAGAAUUGGAGCUGAUGCUCCAGAGGCACUGCCAUUUGGAGUCGAAGCUCCGGAGUAUCAGCAAGAUCCUCCCCAACAUCAUGACGAUACGAGAGGAAGGUGAAAAGUUUUGCACGAUGAUUGAUAAAACAAAUUCACUAGCUGAAACUGUCAGUGCUAAAGUUAGACAGCUUGAUCUAGCGAGGAGUAGAGUGUGCGAAUGUCAGAGUCGAGUCCACGAUAUUCUUGAUCUCCAGCUGUGCAGCGAGGGUGUGGCAACUGCUCUUCAGAAUGAGGAUUAUGAACAAGGGGCUGGUCAUGUGCGUCGAUAUCUUUUGAUGGACGAAAAAUUGUUGGAAAGAACAGCUGAUGAUGUAUCUGGAGAACGAAUGAGCAUUGCUGGGUCGUUAUCGACCUUGAAGGAAGCUGCUUUUCAACUUCGAUCAGUUGUCAGUCGAAAAUUCGAUGAGGCUGUUAGGUCCGAGGAUCUGGCCUCAGUCGAACGCUUCUUCAAAAUUUUCCCACUACUCGGAAUGCAUGACGAGGGACUAGAGAAAUUCAGUCUCUAUUUAUCCUCAAAAUUGGAAGAGACAGGUCAAAAAAAUCUCCGCUCAGCGUUAGAUAUUAAAUCUAAUGAUGAUCGAGCACCAGUUAUUUAUGCAGAUACAAUGACUCUGUUGUUCGAAGGAAUAGCGAGAAUAAUUGAAGUUCAUCAGCCCAUCAUAGAGACUUAUUACGGCCCGGGUAGAUUGUUAAAAACUGUUGAAAUUAUUCAGAAAGAAUGUGACAGGCAGAUGAGACUAAUCGUCAAUGAAUUAAUGAAAAAUCGGAGCAUCCACAAGAAAGUUCAGUCAAUAAAUGAUUAUAAUCGACAAUCAACUGGUACAUCAGACAAAAAUGAUAAACUAGAUCCAAAGUUCUUGGAUCUUCUACUGGGAGAGCUCACCCUCAUGCACACCAGAGCAGAAUUGUACAUACGAUUUCUCCGAAGGCGAAUAAUCAACGACAUUGAGGUAGAAAAUCAGGAUGAUGAGCAACGCCAAAUUCGGAUGAACGAAUUCGAAAGAAUGAUGAAGAACUCUGGAUUAUCUCAUGCGAUGCAAGAAAUAUUGGGGGCUUAUCUAGCACUUGAGAGAUAUUUUCUAGAGGAAUCUGUCAACAAAGCCUUGGGGAUGGACAUUCUAGAGCAAGAUCAGCACACUUCAAGCAUGGUUGAUGAUGUUUUUUAUAUUGUUAAAAAAUGCGUAAGACGAGCGAUAUUUAGCUGGAGCAUUGACGGUAUUUGCGCUGUGAUAAACAUGUCCUGUGGUAUUUUAGAGGGUGAUUAUGCCAAUCGCCUGAAGAAUCGUCUUCGUCAGGGCUAUCCAGCGGGUUAUUUGGACUUGACUCAAGCUUACAAUGCCCUUCAAACGAGUAUUCAGCAGGGCCGUCUGCAAGCCUCUGAUACUGAAUACAGUAGAUUAAUGUUUCUUGGAUAUUUGAAUAAUGCAGAUGUCAGUAUUGAAUAUGUUGAUACAUUAAGUAAGAGUCUAGUUAAUGAAAUAGAAUCAGCAUUUCCUCAAAUGCCCCAGAAGGAUCGAGGCAAAAUAGAUAGUUGUCUAGCUGGAAUGAAGAGUGUCACCACAACGUUGAGGUCAGUGAUAGAUUAUGGAAUGGAGCAGUUACGUGCGAGUGCUGUUAAACCCAGAGUCACUCCUUGGGUUGACGCUUUUCUCUCGGUGAAUCAUCAAGUCAAUGAAGACGAUCUCCUGAGGUACGAGACUGAUGAGCCUUUUGUUCAGACGUUGGUCAUGAAUUUAGAGGGUCUUCUCCAGGGCUUUAAGGAUAGCCUUACAUCAUCGAAUUAUGAUGCCUUUGUUGGUAUUUUAACGUCAGAAGUAACAAGUAGAUUGGAAAAAAUAGUGUUGAAGUCGACAUUUAAUAGAGCUGGUGGUCUAAUAUUGGAUAAGGAAAUAAGAUCGCUUGCGAGUUAUUUAGCAUCGGCAACAUCGUGGUCUGUGAGGGAUAAAUUCGCAAGACUUGUUCAAAUAGCUACGAUUUUAAGUGUUGAAAAAGUCGAAGAGUUGAUUGAUUAUUGUGGGGCUGAUGCUAUCGCUUGGCGCUUGACCCCAGCUGAAGUUCGAAAAAUCGCUGGCCUCAGGACUGAUCUUCGUUCGGAUGACAUUAAACGCCUUAAAUUAUAAUAAUCUAUUUUAUUUUAUUUUACUCAUUUAGUAUAAUAAAUUUGUAGAAUCAUAAUUCGUAAGUCAACUUAUUCGCCAUAAGUACAAAUUCAGUUUUUUCCCCCUAA